GACCACCCAAACUAUGACCAGUCUGUGUGUCACGCCUUUGUUCAGGACGUCUGUGAUGAGGUGGGCUACUUUCCGUUCCCUCCACUGAGCCUGGAUGUUAUUCUGCUGGUCUUCGUGCUCUCCUCCAUUCACCCCAAGCGGUAGGUGAUGGUUAGGAGACAAAGGCAGGAGCGCCAACUCUCAUUUAUCACCUCCCCAUGCUUUGUCUGAAUGUCAUUACUAAUCCAACCCUCUCCACCCUCCAAAAACAGGCCCUCUCUCACACUCUGAGGUUAUGCUAUUUUGUACUACCGUAUGUGUUUUGAAUCAAGAUCAUUCUGGGUUUAUUUAUACAGAUUAUAUGCAUUUGCUAAUUGCAAAUGUUUUGUGUGGUGCUUGUAUGAUAAGGCAGUUGCAAGUGAAUACACAAAAUACCCAUUGAAAUAGCAUGCUGCUUCAGAUCAGUUUAGAAUGUAAGGUCUGGUGUACUGUUCAUGUAGCUAACCCCAUCCCUUUAAAAGUAGCAAAGAAUAUGGGAGCCUGGCGGGUAGGCGUGUUGGGCUAGUAACUGAAAGGUUACUGGAUUUAAUCCCAGAGCCGACAAGGUAAAAAUCUGUUGUUCUGCCCAUGAGCAAGGCAGUUAAUCCCCAACAACAAAUGCUCCCCUGGCGCUGAUGACGUGGCUGUCAAUUUAAGGCAGCCCCCCGCACCUCUCUGAUUCAGAGGGGUUGGGUUGAAUGCGGAAGACACAUAUCAGUUGAAUGCAUUCAGUUGUACAACUGACUAGGUAUCCCCCUUUCCCCUCAUAUAUAGUACUGUAUGUGCCUAUUUGCAGCCUAUUUAUGAUUCACUUCAAAAUGGCAUUAAGUCUAACUGCAGAUCCAUUUGCACUGGGUAUUUGGAUGCUUGCUUUUUGUAACAAACAGUGACAUUUCACUUCAUACUGAGGCCCCUGAAGAUUGCAGCUGAUUAGAAUUAUGGAUAUAGCUGGCUCGCAGCCAGCUCUCACAGCAAGCCGUAAUAGAUUUUCCUGUAUUCCAUCACUUUUCAUUUUAUAUUUGAUGUGGAGGUAAGUUGGUUCUGUCCUGGGGUUUCAUCUCAGUACCUCCUGCCAUUUUCUUGCUGUGUAAAAUCUUUAAUGGUUCAGGUUGUUAUUGAGCUCUAAGUGAGUAUUGAGUGUAGUGCCAGGAGUAUCAUGGAGCAUAUUGUCUCUACUAUGGGCCAUUGAUUGCUGAUUCGCUUCGGUCAUUAGAAGCAGCUUGUUACUGUAUUUAUCAGUCACAACAUAAGACAAAGUCAAAAGGCUUCUACUGCAGGCAUUUUCUGUGGGUGUAUAACUGUGUGGUUUUGAAAUAUGCUGUGUCUCUAGCUAACUAACUUUCUGUCUGAAAUCACAGCUGAGAUGCUACAGUACAUUUGGCAACUGAACAGCUAACAUAUUGGGGAGGAGAGUACAGUCAAAUUCUUACCCCUUUUCUCCCUUGUAAAAACCUUACAGCUUGUACAGUACUGUAUAUGUUAAUUUCCUGGGAAGCCUUGCUCUGGAAUGAUAAAAUGAACAUCUCUGAAAAUGUCUAUCCUUAUGAAGUUUUGCAUCAACUGCUCAAUUUUGUGUAUCAUACCUUUGCAAAUGAAAACAAACUCAGAAUCUCUUAUUAUUUUGAGAAGGAAACUGAUUAAUUGAUUGGUUGGUCGUUUGAUUGAUUUCUUUGACAGAGUCCAAGGAGUUGUUACCCGGUUGUCUCAAUUCCUGAAACCCGGAGGGAUAUUCCUCUUCCGGGAUUAUGGCAGAUAUGAUUUAUCACAACUACGGUUUAAAAAAGGUGGCUUUCUAAUCUUAACUUUAUUUAAAGUGCAUUUUCACAAAGUAUACACUUGACAGAGGAAAUAAAUAUAAUAAAAAUGGGGGAAACAGCAGAUCAUAAUCAUUUGAAAUAGGUAGGCAGUUCAUACUUAGUAGUGAAUACAUUUUACUGUCUAAAGUGGCUAUUUGUUAAUAAUGACAGUGAGAUCUUUUCUCUGCUCAACAGGUCGGUGCUUGUCAGAGAAUUUCUACUCAAGGGGAGAUGGAACUUGUGUUUAUUUCUUCACAAAAGGUAAAUUGAUUCAAAAGUCUCUGUAAAUAUUGUAUCUCUGAAUAUUGUGUGUAGACAUAAUUUCAAGUCUAAUCUCAAAUAAUUUAGUGGUGGUAAUAUUAUGUUACUCUUACCACAGAUGAAGUUCACCAUUUAUUUUCCAAUGCUGGUUUGGAAGAAAUUCAGAAUCUGGAGGAUAGGCGACUACAGGUGAACAGAGGGAAGAAAGUUGUAAUGCACAGAGUGUGGAUGCAAAGCAAGUUCAAAAAACCUCAACCACUAGCACCACCAUCGUAG